GUACUACUAACAGUGAACCGUGCGGACGACCACCCCUCCCCUCCACCCUCCACCCACCCGUCACCCACACACCCACGCCCACGCCCGCACACACGCCCAUACCGCACCGCCCCACUCGCCCUCACCCACGCCCACUCCACGCCCGAAGAAUAGAAGGAAACGAAUCAAAUCGAAGGAGAAGAAGAAGAAGGAGAAGAAGAAGAAGAAGAAGGAGAGAAGAAGUGGAGAAGAAGGAGAGCAAAGACAAGAGGAGGUGGAGGAGGAACAAGUGAUUCGAAGAGGAGGAGAAGGAGGAGGAGGAAAGAAGCAGGAGACGGAGGAGGAAGUGGAAGAGGAGGAGGAGGAGGAGGAGGAGGAGGAGGAGGAAGAAGAGAAGGCGUAAAGUGAGAAGUGUUAAGUGACCAAUGUGAACACUUAAGAGAAAAAGGAACUCCACUUACGUGUGUCCGGGAACCACCACCACUACUACUACUACUACUACUACUACUACUACUACUACUACUAUAUUUUUCAACCAUAUCAACUCUUACUUAACUAUUUAUAUAACAAAAACUACUACUACUACUACUACUACUACUACUACUACUACUACUACUACUACUACUACUACUACUACUACUAUAUUUUUCAGCCAUAUCAACUCUUACUUAACUAUUUAUAUAACAACAACAACAACUACUACUACUAUUACUACUACUACUACUACUACUACUAUUACUACUACUACUACUACUAUAUUUUUCAGCCAUAUCAACUCUUACUUAACUAUUUAUAUAACAACAAAAACUACUCCUACUACUACUACCACCACUACUACUACUACUACUACUACUACUACUACUACUACAAGAAAGAAGAAGAAGAAGAAGAAAAAGAAGAAGAAGAAGACAUCAUCACCACCUUAUUUCACUACCACCACCACCACCAUCACCACCACUAGGGACAGAAGAGCAAAGUUGGAGGUGGUGGAGGUGGUGGAGGUGGAGGUGGUGAUGGUGGUGGUGGUGUCCCCCUCUCCCCCCCUCCUCCCCCCGUCAUGAGUGGAUUAGAGGGUGGUGGUGGUGGUGGUGUGGGGGGUGGAGGAGGGCUUGGCGGAGGCGGUGGAGGCGGGGGUGGUGGAGGGGGGUCCAGGGAAGUGCACAAGAACGGCUGGCUCAAGAGGAUGCCCACACAGGAGCGUCGCCUCUCCGUCAUGGCGCCCUUCACCAAGCCGGCCAAGGGGGAGAAGGUGUGGGUGUCCUUCUGCGUGCACGACGAGGUGGAGGGCUGGUUGGAGUUUUACGAGAACCGUCGCUCCGCCUUCAGCCACAACCCCCUGCAGCGUGUGUCCCUGGCCCGCUGCCUGCACGUGUCCCCCUCCAUACGCGUGCACGAGGACAACGAGCACGUCUUCGCCAUCACGCUGGAGGGGGAGGUGAUCAAGCUGGGCGCCCAGAGCAGGGAACAGAUGAUGGAGUGGAUUGACGCCCUCCGCAGUCGCCUAAGGGAGCUGGGGGUGCUCACUCCCAAGGACAACCUCUACACCAGGGAGCCGGAGGGUGGGGGGCUGCGUUCCCCUCUCCUGCGGAACCCCACCUCCCCCCUGCCCCCCACGCCCACCUCCUUCCAGUUCCCACCCCACGCACUGGAAUUCCGUGAAGAAGUCUCCAGCCUACACUCCCUGCGGCUGGGUGUCUCCCCUGCCGGCAGCAUCACCCUGCCCACCCUGCCAUCCCUGCACAGCCUCAACUCCAUGUCCUCAACCCACUCCUCCGACCCCAACACCUCCCCUUCCUCGGUGGUGACCUACGUUCGCCCCCACCAUGAGCACCCACCCCUCAACAGACGCUCCUCCUUCCGCGCCUCGCUCCCCAGUUCCCCCACCACUCCAGCGAGCAGCACGGGCUCCCUCACCUACCUCCGCUCCCCCCCGGGCCCCCAGGCCGCCCCCCGUGACGGGCAGCACGUGACCGUCAUCAGCGUGCCGUCGCCCGCCGCCUCCGUCUUCAGCUUCGACACCGUGGGCGCGGCGCUCGAGUCCAGCGGCACCAUGGCGGCCUCCCAGCUGUACGGCGCGCCCUCCGCCCCCCACACGCCCGACACCCCCCUGCCCCCCGACCCCCCUGAGCCCUCCCCGCCGGCGGAGAACCCCUACCCCCCGCUAGGCGACCCCAACGCGCUGCAGCUGCGUGUGGGUAACUCACUGGGCGCGGGAGGGGGGGCCAGCGGCGGGGGGCGGCCGCCCCUCCCACCGGGGCAGCGAGGGAGCGGGUACGGCGGCCCUGCGGGGUAUGGCACAGGGGCGGGGGUGUCCGGGGGCCUCUGGGGGGGCCUGGAGGACACGUCGUACGAGCCCCUGUUCCUGGCGAGCAGCGAGCAGCCCCCCGUGGCCCCCCAGGCCCCCCAGACCGGCCUGCUGCGGCGCCGCUCCGAGCACCGGCGGUCGGGGCGCAGGGAGCACGCGCGCCGCGCCGCCUCCGUGGGGCCCGCCAUCACCCCGCGGCCCCCCCAGCAGCAAGGAGGAGGAGGAGGAGGAGGAGCAGGAGGAGGAACAGGCACCAGCGACUCCCGAUCAAGCCAGGGAGGAGGAGGAGGAGCAGGAGGAGGAGGUCAGGGCCAGUACCAGGUGGGGCAGGACGGGCGGUUGAUGAGUCUCCGCGAGCAACAGGUGAUCAGACUGCAGCGGGAAAUAGCGCACCAGGCGGGGGUGAGGCUGACACUGAGGAAGAAGGACUGCUGCAACACCCUCGCCCUGGUCAAUGUCUUCCACCAUGUGUACGUGGCUGGGUGGAAGCAGAGGGAGCACCCGUACCUCCACAACACCUUCCACAUCGGUGACAGACUCGUGACGGUGUGCGGCACGCCCGUCACCACCGCCGCCGAGGCCAACACCAUCAUCAGGAACGACCCGGGCACGAUGAUUGAGUUCAUCAUCCGGCGCGUCCCCCACGGCAAGGUGUUCGCCCUCAAGCGGGAGACGGAGGGGCAGCCGCUGGGCAUGGUGCGGGAAGGGAACACUGCAGAAAUAAAGGAGAUUGUGCCCGGGGGCCUGGCAUCGCAGCAUGGGGUGCCGCCCAGGGCCCAGACGGUGGACUCCCUGUCGCUGUGUUCCUGGGUGCUGACUGAGAUCAACCACCGCCCACUCAACCUGUUCUUCAAGCACAUGGAGAUAGCGGACCGCCUCAACGCCGUGGGCCGGGACAUAUCCAUCCUCAUACAGCCGAUGGACCUAGUCAGGCAGCUGAAGAAGGGACUGAAGUCAAUCAAGGGAUACAAGGACUAUAUUGUCAUGUGAUGGUGAUGGUGUGUGUGUGUGUGUGUGUGUGUGUGUGUGUGUGUGUGUGUGUGUGUGUGUGUGUGUGUGUGUGUGUGUGUGUGUGUGUGUGUGUGUGUGUGUGUGUGUGUGUGUGUGUGAUAACAGAGAGAGAGAGAGAGAGAGAGAGAGAGAGAGAGAGAGAGAGAGAGAGAGAGAGAGAGAGAGAGAGAGAGAGAGAGAGAGAGAGAGAGAGAAUGGCUUGAACUAUCUUGCUUUAAAAAAUACAAAAAAAUUGUGUCUUGAUCUUAACCAAAGACAGGCCACAGAGGCUAUGGAGAGAGAGAGAGAGAGAGAGAGAGAGAGAGAGAGAGAGAGAGAGAGAGAGAGAGAGAGAGAGAGAGAGAGAGAGAGAGAGAGAGAGAGAGAGAGAAGGGCAACAUACUACACAAUCCCGUCCACUAUGUUUAACAAGAGCAGGAGUACCAACCGCCGUGAACAAUAGCCACAUAACAGUAGUCUUAAGUGUAGGUACCCUGUUCACACUAACCUGGUGAACAAGCCCCGCCCACACCACCCCAGCCUUCCCCAGCAUCCACCAAUCACACACAGGUUCAGUUGGAGAGGGGGUGUGGCUUGCUGGUGAUCUGGCCAAUGACAUGCACUGGAUAGGAAGGGGGGCGGGGCUUCUUCGCCACGGUAAUUUGAACAUGGUAUUAAGUAGCAAUAGUAACAUAAAGUGACACAACACAUGUGGAGAUAAAUGUAAGGAGAAGAGACUGUGAUGAUAACAUGUGCCAUCAAUCAGUUAGGAAGCGUAGCCUGUAGGUAAAAAAUGUAUUAUUGUACGGAGAGAGAGAGAGAGAGAGAGAGAGAGAGAGAGAGAGAGAGAGAGAGAGAGAGAGAGAGAGUGUUAGCAUAA